AUGAGCUUCUACCAGUCUGCCCUCAGCUUUGAGCUGGAUGAUGACCAUAUCCUCAAAGCAGUUCUUCAAGACGAAGAUGGAGAGGAGCGCGAGUCGGAACUAGAUUUGAACCACAUUAUUGGCAAUAACGACGGCACUUUCGAGUGGGGAGGCCAGAACUUCAAGGACAGUGCCAGUGAUAUUGAGCUUCACCGCGAAGGAGACGAGGAGGUUCCAAUUCUUCGUGCCAGGUUAAACAACGUGGAGGGUGAGGAGAUUGACGCUGAUAUCAAUCUGGCGGAGCGGAUCACCAACGAUAAUGGGAACUUGGUGUUUGUCUGA